AUGGGUAACGAGAAAGAGCUAGUUCUUUUUGGUGGUGAUAAAGGUUGGAAAGCUUCGGAUUGGACGGACAGUGAUGACCGUGUGAGAGGAGGAGCGUCUCAGUCCUACCUUACCAUCAACGACUCUUCCGCGCGUUUCCACGGCAAUCUCGACAUCACCGCUCUGGGCGGCGCCGGCUUUGCCAGUCAGCGCACUACCGGCGAGGAUCGCACCUGGGAUCUAUCUACCUACGAUGGCAUUUAUCUCGAUCUAGGAAAACACGACGGCAAGAAGUACACACUAACGCUCAAAGACGAGAUUCUGCCGCUUAUGGCAGAUGGACGGGAGCAAUCAACUAUCAGCUGGGAAUACGACUUUGAAUCGCAAAGCGAGCUUGGGUUGUUCGUGCCAUGGCGUGCAAUGAAGCCUACGUAUCGCGGGAAAGAGAAGAACGAUGCAAAGCCAUUGGAUUUGAAGAACGUCAAGCGGUUUAGCAUCAUGAUGAGAAGUUUCUUUGGUACGCAAGAAGGCGAUUUCUCGCUCACUCUCAACUCGAUCAAGGCUGUUGCGCAGCCAGACGACAUCGAAAGAGGCAUUGUGAGCGGCGAGAAGGGCACAGGCGGACAGGAGCCUUGGUCGUGGAAGAACUCCAAUCUUGUUGGUCUAGCACUUAUUCUGGGUUCCACGUGGGCGAUCUCUUGGGGAUAUUGUUGGUGGAAAGGAUAUGACAUGGGCAUCAUGAGGUUUGGACGGUGGUGGUCUGUGGUGAAGAAGGAUACAUUAUAG